AUGCUGCUGCUGCUGAUCCUCCUCUUCCUCCUUCUCCUCCUCCUCCUGCUCCUGCUCCUGCUCCUCCUGCUCCUCCUCCUCUACUUCCUGCUCCUUUGCCUGCUGCUGCUCCACUUCCUGCAGCUUCUGCUCGCGCGUUAUGAACCUGGUGGAGCAGACGCAAAGGAACGAGAGGGACUGGCUGAAGAAGCAGCACGAGCAAGAGAUGGCAGACAUCACAAACAGGUGUACGAGGAAAGGCUGAGGGCCCUGGAGUCCGGGAGGAAGGAUGCGGAGUACUUGUCGAAGCUGAUGGAUACCGUUGCAGACUCUGCAGAGAGGGCCACAACCUCCCUCGAGCAGGAGCGAAUCCGGCUCACGCAGGAGCAUGCAAGGCUAGAGAGGAUGCAGCGAAGCCUUGAGUCUGAGCGAGCCCUCAUGAAGGAAUCCCUUGGAACCGAAAUCAAGCGGAUCGAGUCAGAGAACAUCUCGCGGCAGAAGGAGCAUGAAGCUUUCGUUCUCGACAUCGCGAGGGAGAGAAAGAAUCUUGCUGACCAGCGUGCGACUCUAAUGCAGCAAGAGCAAGAGCUGAGGAGGAGAGAGGAAGAGGCCAAGCAAGACAUCGAGAGGAGGAAGGAGGAGAUGGAGAAGGAGAGAAUCAAGCAGAUUGCCGAUCGAGAGGCCAUACAGCAGGAGAAGGCCGCUGCCAGAAGCGAAUGGGAUGCGCUCAGUCUCGAGCGAGCGAAUGCACAUGAGAGCAACGCGAAAGUCCAGCGAGAAAUGCAGCAGGUCCGUGUACUGGCAGAGGAGCUGGAGACGCGAGCUCGAGAGGAAGAGGCAGCAAAGGAGACGGCACGCGUGCAGCACAAAGAGGUGGAAGUUGACGAGCUGAGGAAGAAGUUGGAGGAGGAGAAGUCGGAGAUCGUGUCGAAGCAUGCGGCUCUGCGAGCGGUAGGAUGA